AUGACUUCGAUCCAUCGGCACAUCUCUCUUAUAUUGUAUUGCGUUCUCACUACCCUACUGGUCUCACUUUCCAAUGCAACAGAGCAGCAACCCCUUCGGGGUGCUGUAGAUUCAAGUCCCAAACGUGUCGCCAUAGUUGGAGCUGGAGCUGGAGGCUCAUUUACAGCGUAUCAAUUACGCAAGCUUGCUGCUGAGACAGAUACUCCUGUCGAAAUCACAGUUUACGAACGUGAAUCCUAUAUUGGUGGCCGCUCAACCACAGUAAAUGUAUUCGACGACCCGGCUUAUCCCAUCGAGUUGGGCGCCUCGAUCUUCGUCCAGGUCAAUUAUAACUUAGUCAACGCAUCCCGUGACCUCGGCCUGAACGUCCACAGCGCUGACCAUGCGCGACCCAAAGAAUCCGAUGAUAGUAUUGGAAUCUGGGAUGGCUCUGAGUUUGUUUUCUCGCUGAAGAAUACCUAUAGCUGGUGGAACAUCGGGCGACUAUUCUGGCGGUAUGGAAUGGCGCCAUUGCGAACCCAAAAACUAGUCAAGAACACUGUUGGCAAGUUUUUGCGCCUAUACCAAGAACCUUUCUUUCCCUUCAGCUCCCUUUCUGAUGCCGCUGCUGCCGUCAAUCUGCUGGAUUCUACCUCGUCGUCGGGCAAACAGUUCCUUCGCGCGAAUGACGUCGACUCUCUGUUUGCGAGGGAGAUCAUCCAAGCGAGUACUCGAGUCAACUAUGGUCAGAACCUGCAAUUGAUUCAUGGCUUGGAAUCCAUUGUUUGCAUGGCUACCGAUGGAGCCGUAUCAAUCGAGGGUGGAAACUGGCGCAUUUUCGAUGGUGCAUUGGCAGCCUCUGCUGCCGAUAUCAAAUUGAACACCACAGUCACCGGCAUCGUGCGAAACCACGAUGGCACCGUGUCACUUUCGUCGAAGUCGAACAAUGCUAUUGAGCAAAGUCACAACACCUUUGAUGAAGUUGUCAUUGCAGGGCCUUUGCAAUAUUCCGGUAUCUCCAUUGAACCACCUUUGAAUCACACUCCGGAUGAAAUCCCAUAUGUGGACCUUCAUGUCACUUUGUUUGCGUCUCCCCAUCGCAUCUCACCGCAGUACUUUGGUCAAGAUCCGAAUGGCCAAGUGCCAGAGACGAUUCUCACGACUCUUCCCGAGGGACUCGACCUGGGAUCAAAUGCGACUGGUGUUGGUCCCAGUGAAUUCUGGAGCAUCAGUACACUUCGCACAGUGAAUCGUUCCGAGUCCGAAGACAAUCAGCAAUAUUAUGUCUAUAAGAUAUUCUCGCCAGAGCGGCCGACAGCUGGAUUCGUUGCCGCCAUUCUCGGUCUGGACGAUGGGACCGUGGAUGCAAAUGGAACCAUUGGUGACCUUAUGAGGAGCGACGUGAGCUGGUUCCAUGAGAAGUUAUGGAAUCCAUACCCUGUUCUGUAUCCUCGAGUGACAUUUGAAGAGACUCUCCUAGCUCCCGGUGUUUGGUAUACCGGUGGGAUUGAAAGCUUCAUAUCGACCAUGGAGACCAGUGCGCUUAUGGGUCGGAAUGUGGCUACCCUCAUGUUCCAAUCGUGGAAGAAUGGCCUCAAGGCUGACAAUGGGGCUGGAUUCAAGGCCAAGACCGAGCUUUGA